AUGAUUUGUAUCCAAGGUGUUGACGCAUUCGGUUUCGAUGCGUUGGCCUUGGUGCAUAAACCAGCUACUCAGGUUAAACGGCAGAUCAUCGAGACGGGAAACCCCGAGAGACGGGUAGAUGGCGACUUUGUAGAGUAUGAAUCCGGCGGCGGAAGAAGCUGUGGUGAUCAAUUCGAUAUCUGUCAAGGGCUCACAAAUGCCGAUACUUCGUUGUCAGUCCCUCCGGAUUGUCAGAGACAAUUGACAAUGUGCCUGUCCGUGCAGAUCAGCGCACCAAUUGCCAUUCCGAGUGCUGAUUUAGAGAGGAACACCGUGACUGUCAUGGCCCAGACUAGGAUCCCAUACGAUGAAGAGUUUGAUCUGCAUGCCAAGACUUGCUCGCUCGACGCGUUCAAACUACGCGAAUUCCAAACAAAUACAGCAACCUCCACCCGCUCCAAAACCUCCCCCUCCUUCGCUCAACGCUACGCCACCACGAUCUCGAACCCACUAUCCCGCACCCUCACGACGCCCACUGCGCGUCGCACCCUAUUCUUGAACCGAGUCAGGCGCGAUCGCCAUGAUGGACGCUUCGAGACCCGUGGCGAGCAGCUGGCGCUCAUGGAACAUGUUGCCGAGGAGCGGAAAUGGGAUGCAUCCAUGAAGAGACACGCGGAUGGAAUCUUCGAGGGGUAUUUGCGGGACUUGGAGACUUCUGAAUUUGAACCAGAAUUUGAAUCCGGCGAUGGGAGUGAGAUUGGGGAUGUUGCGGGUAUGGAUCUCUCCCACCUUUAUUGUUCCGGUCCCGAUGGUUCGUUCAGUGACGAGGAAUACGACCAUAUCUUUAUGGAUUUGGUACAUUCUACCCAGGAUAUGGAUAUGAGCGGUUGA